AGCCAAUGCAAAAGCGACGCGGUGCCAGACGUGCCUGCCCACCACUAAGAUGUACAACAUGCGUGACUGCGUGCGCUGGUCCCGGAACAAGCAGCGAAAAGGCAAUCACGAUAAAGAAACAUGCAGCUGCGGCUCCUGGCUAGGAAUAUCGACCUGCUUUGUGCUUUGCCAUCCCUCAGUCCUGAGGCGAUCACACCAUUCAAGGGACCUCGCUCGCCAUAUCCAGAGCGGUGAGAUGUUACCAUGUCCGAGCAUCAUGGCUCAAGCUCCCCUGAGGAGACAGCGAGUGAACAUGAAUCUGCGUCUGUCACCUCCCUUGACGACGGUGAGGCCGUUCUUCCAGCAUAUCGUCACCUGAAAGAAGCACCCAUCUGGCCACGAGCAGCCGCAGAUAACGAGUCAUCGCCCAUCUUCCCCUUCGCACUGUUGUCGGCGUGCAGCGGCCAAGGGAGGGCCGUCAGCAUGUGUCAGUACGCGCGCUCCCUCACGUCGCAGGACACGGCGAACAGUGCAAAGGGCACGAUAGGAUUGAGAGGGUCGCCGAGCUACGAGAGAAGCACUUCGGGCAGCAAUGUCAUUGGCGAGGGAGUGCCGCGCGACAACCGCACGCCGGCGCUGUCCCAUCGCAUGCAGCACGACAAGUCGAUCCUCGCGCUUACCGUGUCUUCGCAGUACAUUUUCGCCGGCACGCAGGGAGGAGAGAUCCUGGUCUACAGUCUCGACACGUACGAGCGCCGGCGAGUCAUCCAGGCGCACAAAGGCAGCGUGCUUGGCCUUUGCCUGUCGCAAGACCAGGAGCUGCUCUUCUCCAGUGCGACAGACCCGAUCAUAAAUGUCUGGUGCACCUCCGGCUUCCGCCAUCUCUACGCCCUCUGGUCGCCCUACGACAUCGGCGACAUCUUCUGUGUCGCGUACUCGUCCUUCCACCGCACAGUCUACCUCGGUGCCCAGAACACGAGCAUACAAUGGUACGAUCUUAAGGAGAAGGACGCCCGCCCGCGGCCCACGCUCGCUUCGCAUCCGUCCCAGCGCAAGAACCGAUUCUUCGAUUCGCUCGGUCCCGGCGGCGCGCAGACACCGAAGCCCUUUGGCGCAGAUUCGAAGCCACGAGACGCCGUGGGGGGCCAGGAGCUGCAGAUUGACAGCCAGGACAUCUACCAGUUCGCUCACUUUGGCUACGUACAUUGCAUGCUGCUUGGCAGGGGGAUCCUACCUGAAGCACCCUCGGAAGAAGUGCUGGUCUCGGGAGGAGGUGACGGCCGCAUUUUGCUAUGGCGGAUAGACCCCACAAGAGGCGGUCUGAUCACCAGCAUUUGCGCAUUGGAGGAUGGCAGGGAAGAGGGCGAGUCGAUUCUGUCCCUGGCUCGUGAAGGCUCCUUCCUCUACAGCGGGCGAUUCGACGGUGAAGUGAAUGUCUGGGAUCUGGAGACGCGCCAGCUGGUCAGGAGUCUGAAAGCGAACACUGGAGAUGUACACACUCUGACACUAGGCGCUGGCGUCCUGUUCGCCGGUGGAAAGUCUGGUGUUGUGCAUAAAUUCAACGAACACUACGAGACCAUGUCGACCUUCAAAGCGCACAACGGCCUGAUCCUUGCAUCUGCGUACACGAAAUACAACGACAAGCCGACCCUGGUGACCGGCGGGAAUGACAACACCAUCGUCAUCUGGGAAGUACGGGAUUGCGCAGAGCCCAUGGCGGCUGCUAGAAGAAGCAACAACGAUCUCAUGGUAGAGUCGCUCAGCCAAUUCGUCAACUUCCGUACUGUCUCGUCGCUGCCCAAGUACCGCGCGGAUUGUCGGAGAGGCGCCUCCUACUUGCGGUCUGUGUUCCAGAACUUCGGUGCCGUGACUGAGAUGCUCAACACCAGCGAGCCGUAUAAUCCUAUCGUUUUUGCCAAAUUUAGAGGCAACCCUGCAACAGCAGCGUCGCGCAAGACGAUCCUCUUCUACGGUCAUUACGAUGUCAUACCCGCGGAAAACGAGCACGGCAAGUGGAAACACGACCCGUUUUCGCUGACGGGCGAGGGCGGAUAUUUGUACGGGCGAGGUGUCUCUGACAACAAGGGACCUAUCAUGGCUGCAAUAUAUGCCGCACAUGAGCUUGCCAACGAACAAAGUCUCGAUGCUGACAUCAUCUUCCUCAUUGAAGGCGAGGAAGAAAGCGGCUCCCGAGGGUUCGAGAAGGCUGUGCAAGCAAAGAAGGAUCUGAUUGGCGACAUCGAUUGGAUCUUACUGGCGAACAGCUACUGGCUCGACGAUCAUGUACCCUGCAUCACCUACGGUCUGCGAGGCGUCAUACACGCCACGGUCCAGGUCGAGAGUGAGCAUCCAGAUCUGCACAGUGGUGUCGACGGUAGUGCGCUGCUCGAUGAACCUCUGAAGGAUCUCGUCAUGUUGCUGUCCAAGCUGACUGGACGUCACGGCAAAGUCCAGAUCCCGGGCUUCUACGAUCCUAUCCUUCCACUCGCGGAAGGAGAGAAGGAGCUCUAUACGGAGAUCACACAAACUCUACUGCGCAAUAAUCCCGAUCUUGGCGAUCCUGAGGAACUCGCACAGUCACUCAUGCGCAGGUGGCGGGAAGCCUCCCUCACAAUCCACCGCUUCCAAACCUCCGGCCCCGAAAAUUCGACCAUCAUCCCCCGCCUCGCCAAAGCAGCACUCUCCGUCCGCCUGGUGCCUAACCAGGAAGCAUCUGAAGUAGCAGCGUCAUUACAGUCCUUCCUCGCCGACGAAUUCGAAGACCUCGACAGCAAGAACAAACUCAAAGUCACAAUCGACCACCAAGCCGAGCCCUGGCUCGGCGAUUACACCAACGAGAUCUUCCAGACUCUAGAACAAGCCAUUUCCGAUGUCUGGGGCCCCACGCUCUCGACCCGCCGCUCGUCGCAAGCGAACGCACUGACCCACCAGAUUUCACCGCUCACACCGCUCACACCGCUCAGCCCUGUCAAAUCCUCCCCAGCCACCUCGAACACGCUCGCCAACGGUUCGGACGCGGACCUACCCGUAUCGCGCCCCUCGACCGCCCAUCGUUCCGACCAAAUCGAUGAGGAGGAGAUGUCGACAGCGGUCAAGCCGCUCUUCAUUCGCGAGGGCGGGAGUAUCCCGAGCAUCAGGUUCUUGGAGAAGGAGUUUGGUGCGCCUGCGGCGCAUUUGCCAUGUGGCCAGGCGAGCGAUAGUGCGCAUUUGGAUAAUGAGAGAUUGAGGCUGGUCAAUUUGUUUAAUAGUAAGAAGAUCUUUAAGAGGGUGUUUUGGGAGCUGCCGCGGAAAUAGGCCAUUGUGCGAGGAAGUGGGCAGGGACGGCACAAGGGAUGACCGAGUGCAUGGAUGUGUCGGACAUGUAGAGUAAUUCGAGAAAACACCCCUCAGCGUGGAUAGCACACGGUCUGAGCCUAAAGCAAGUACUGUUCCGAUUCGAUAUGGGAUGCGUUGGUAUCGGUUUUGACUAGCUUCAAGGUAUGCAUGGUCCGCGCAUUGCUCGUUCAGAUAUCAGGUUGC